CUUAAGCCGCAUGAGCAGAACUACCCGACGCACGACUUGGAGUUAGCAGCAGUCGUUCAUGCUCUCAAGAUUUGGCGACAUUAUCUUUACGACGGUCAUUGUGAGAUUUUCACAGAUCAUAAGAGCUUGCAGUAUAUCUUUACUCAGAAGGAGCUCAACAUGAGACAGCGCCGUUGGUUAGAACUCGUCAAGAAUUACGACUGCUCUAUUCAGUAUCAUCCGGGGAAGGCGAACGUCGUUGCUGACGCCCUAAGCCGAAAAGUGAGGGGUGACUUGACGUACGUCAUUACUCAGCAGAGUCCAUUGAUUCAGGAGUUUGCCAGGAUGCAGCUUCAGGCGUUUGAUGCACUUCCAAUAGCAGUUUCGGGGAGUACCAGUGCCAGUGUCAGUGCCAUACAGCUUCAGCCGAUGCUGAGAGAGAGAAUGCGGCGAGAGCAGGCUUCUGAUGAGUUCAUUCGUGUCAUGGAGGCCAAGGCUCGCGCCGGAGGCGUCGAGGGUUUUCAGCUAGGUGCCGAUGGUGCCCUAGAGUUCAGAGGCAGGAUCGUGGUCCCGAAG